CCCUGAACCGUGUAAUCGAUGAUUGUCGGAGGAAAAGAAAUCCCGACUAUAAUCUCUGGAGUGCAGUACCAAAAGUGCGGGAAAUCUUCGGAAUGCUGUAGUUAACAGCGCGCGAUCGCCCCAGGGAAAGUCGCCAAACGCCCCAGCCUAUAUCAGCCCAAGGAAUCCGUUUAAAGUGUACAUCCCGUAGGGUUAUUUAAUUGUUUUGUGAAAUUCGCUAGUUUCCCAUUUCGUUUUGGUUUUUUUCUUCUCUACCUCUUCGUGCGCGAGUGAAACGGCAAUAGUGUCAGGGUUGUCAACUGCAUGGUGGGAACUAAUUCUGAUUCUGCAUCAAAAUUAAAUCAUUACAAGGAAAUAUCAAGGACUAUUCAUUAAAAAAACAUGAUCCCAGAACGUUAAAUAUAAUAAAACUGCUGUCCUUGCUUUAGUUUUUCCAUUCGGUGCGAUGUUUACAUUGGCAAAGAAACUUAUCGAUAGCAGGUAUUCUGUGAAAACGUGACAACCCUGCGUUUACAUUUUUCACAUUCACAUUUUCCCUUUGUUUGUCGGCGGCGGCGCUCGUUGUACGGCCGUGCGUACCGAAUAAAAUCGCAAAAAAUCGCGGAAAACGCAAAAAGCCGUGAGCAGAAAUGUAAAUAAACAUAGUGCUGAUGAGCAGUCGUCGAUCUAGUGUAUCCAAACACCUGCAAAAUGUGCAUAAAAAGCGAGGUUCAGUGAGGACGACGACAACAACAACAACUACGUGCUGCUGCUGCGUUCAUUGACGUGACGCGCGAGCGUGAGUGUGUGUGCGAUUGUGCGCGUGUGGGUGUGGUCGGUGUGCUGGCUGUUCAGCGUGUGUGUCUGUGUGUGUGUGGAGUUGUUGUCAAAUUUAAGCGUUUCAAACAACAAGCCAGGCGACGAAGGAAGAAGCAGCAACAAACAAACACCACAACACGGCACAAAUUAUUGCAAUAAAAGCAGCAACACCUCCCAGCAGCAACAACAACAUCUGUCUCGUUAGGGAGAGAGAGAGAGAAAGUCAACAGUCGCGUGUGAAAUGAAAUUCAAAAAAUGCCGGAGUGUGUGUGUUGAGUGUAUAGAAUUGAGUGAGAAGAAGCGCCGAGAAGGCGGAAAAGUAAGAAAAUAAGCAAUAGCAGCCAGCAACAGCAACAACCAACAACAAACAACCAAUGAAGCAAUCAAAUUUAGUUUAAUUUGCUUUAGCCGACGUUUGUCUCUAAACCCAAACCACAACACACAGCACAAGGAGCCCAAAUCUUUUGCCAAUGAGUCGCAGACAGUCAUUGGAUCGACCAGGAAUAUUGUCUCCUCCGGGUCCGUUUCUGACGCCCAGCCCAUCGCCAUCGAUCUCAGCUAGCCCUCGUCUGCAACCAUCGCCCUCGCUGUCGCCGUUCCCACAGGAUGUGGUGCUCGUAGCCGGUGGCAGUCAAGUAAACGCCAACAGCAAUCCCCAGGAACACGAGCGCAAGGCGGCGACGCCUGGCAGGAGACAGUCCAUCCAUCAGUUCACCAAUGGCAGCCCCAACGCUGGAACCGUCGUCUUCCAGCCAAGCCCAUCCCAAUCGCCGGCCGCUGCCACGACGGUCAUCGGCGUGACCAGUGGCGGCCUCAUAGCCACCGCCGGGGGCGGAUCGGGUGUGAGCACCGGAGUCGGUGCCGGUAACAGUUCCGGAAUCGGAGUGGGAGUGGCCCUGCACAGCAAUGCCAUUGGCAACGAGUUGAAUGCCACGCUGGUGGGUUCCAACAACAUCCAGCUCAAUAAGAAGGGCACUAAGCGGGCCACCCAGCAGCAGCAGCAGCAACAACAGCAGCUGGGCCAUCAGAUCUUCAGCAGCAACGCCGUUGCACCCACCUCCAUCAGCAGUGCGACGGCAGUGGCCGGCGGCGGCGGCGCAGGCGGAGUAGGAGUUGGAGGCUAUGGACAGCUCAAUGCCACCGCCAUCAGUACGCCCACCUCGUUCGCCACGGCCGGCAGUGUGGUCAGCAGCAUCACCGGUAGCAAGGGCCCGGCGAAGGGCCAGAAGGGGCAGCAGCAGCAGUUCCAGCACUACCAGAGCAGCAGUCCGCUGAUAGCCGACAGCCCCAUCCCGAGUCCGAGUGGGGCGAUAACGGCGGCUGCCAUAAAACCGCCCACACCACAGCCACAGCAAGUGCAAAUGCUGCCGCAACAGUUCACCAUCUCGCAGCAGCAGCAGCAGCCUGCCCAGCAGGUGUUUCAGUUCAUCCAGGGACCGCAGGGUCAGCUGAUAGCCACCACCCCACAGCAGCAGCAGCAGCCACUUCAGCAGCAGCAGGCGCCCCAACCGCAGCAGCAGCAACAGCAGCAGACGCAGCGGUUCGUCAGCAAUGCUGGAAUCACGGGCCUGGCCACCGGCAAGACCGGCAAGGCGCCACAACAAAUCCUGCCGAAGCCGCAGCAGGAGAUCCAGCAGCAGCAGAAGAAGGUCGGCGCCGGAGGAGCGACUCAGAUCUCCCAGCAGCAGACGGCCAGCAAUCCCACCCAGCAACAGCAGCAGAUCCUGUUGCCCGCAACAACCACACAGCCGCAGCAGUUGCUACUCAACCAGAUGCCCGUGCUGGUGCAGCAGAAUCCGCAGGGUGUGCAGCUCAUUCUGCGUCCACCGACGCCCCAGCUGACGGCGACUCCCUCGCUGGUCAUCCAGCAGAAUCCGCGCGGGCAACCCCAGCUGCAGACACAGCCGGCACAGCAACAGCUGCUGCGAAUAGUGGGCACCAAUGGAACGACCAUGCAGCUGGCUGCCGCGCCCACCUUCAUUGUGUCCUCGCAGGCGAACCUCAUCCAGCAGACGGCGGCGUCGGCGGGUCAGUUCCAGAACGCCAUCAAGACGGGCACCCAGCUGACGGGUCUGCAUGCGGCACUGGCCCAAGCCCAGGCUCAGGCGCAGGCGCCACGAUCUCAGCCGUUCGCCACGACGGCCACGCUGAACACUCAGCUCCUCGGCCAGCUGCAACUGGCGGCGGCAGCCCAAAUCCAGAUGCCCAAUGGCCUCACCACCAUCUCCCAGCUGCCAGCCCACCUGCAGCAGAGUCUGGGCGGAGCCACCAUUAAUCUGAACCAGCUGAAUGGAGCACACAUCCAGCAGAUAGCCACUGCGUUUCAGGCACCGCAGGCUCCAGCAGCGAGUGGUGGCGCCACUUCCAGCACGGAGCUCUUUACGCAAUCCUCGCCGGCGCAUGUGCCGCUGGCCGUCACGCCGGAGCCACUGCGCCAGCCCACGCCGGUGCCCGUGCUGCAGCAGCAACAGCAGCAGCAGGCGGCCAUGGCCACCAUCCAGUUGCAGCAGCAGCAGCAACAACAGCAGCAGGCCCAGAUCCAGCAGCUGCAGCACCAACUGCAGCAGACCCAGUCCCAGGUGCAGCAAGCCCAGCAACAGCAAUCGGUCCAGGCGGCAGCUGCUGUGGAACCGAAGAAGAAGCCACGUCCGCGAAAGAAAAAGCAAGUUCCCACCGUGGCAAGCACUCCGCAGUCGACUGCUAGUUCCGUGGAGGUGACGCCCCCCAAGAUAGCCAUUGCUGCGGCGCCGGCUCCCCAGGCUGUACGCGCCAAGUCGCCAUCGCCACCGCCCACCACGAUCCAGAGGAGCAGCAACGGGAAGCUGGAUCUCGGCGACGUGAUGAAGUUUUGCGGCAUCACGGGCGACGAUGACGACGACGAGGACUAUUCCAUAGGUCUGGAAACCGCUGCGGAACCUGCCGAGCCCACCCAGUCACAAUCACAGCCACAGGCGUCGUCCAGCGACAUAAUGAUCUCCAUACCGAACCAAAACGGCAGCGAUGGCCUGCCCUUCACCCUGACCAUUCCCGCACCGCAGCCAUUGCAGCAGACUACGUCGACGUCGGACACAGCCACCGAAAUACCAAAUAUCCUCAUCAAGAUUGAUCCCAGCGCUGAUGCGGCAGUGCCUCCCUUUGGACUGUCCACUCCGCGCCUGCCCACGGCGGAGGAGAUCCAGAAGCAGGCCCAGCAGCAUCUGGCUCAGCAGGCGGCAGCCGCUGCGGCAGCGGCAAAGGCCUCCACAGCCACGCCCACCAUCAGCAUCAGCCUGCCCAGCAUGUCGUUGCAGCCCCAGGUGGUGCCCGCACCGAUAGUCACGCCCACUCCGCCCGCAGCAACAGCAGCAUCGGUGGCAGCCUCCGCCACGGCGGCAGUGAAGCCGAGAAGGAAACCAGCCGUGCGCCGGAACACCAAGAAGCCGGACGCACCGAACAGCAGCAGCAACACCCUGAUCUCCGCCAGCAGCAGCAACAGCAGUACCACUCCCACCAUCAUAUCCAGCAGCAGUCUGCCCACUACGGUCAACACCAUCACACUAACCACGCAGUCGCCGGCGACGAGCAGCAGCAACUCCACCCUGAUGCUGAGCCACGGAACGGCCACUGCCGUGCCCAGUCAGAUUGGCAACAUCCAGAUCUCACAGGUUCAGAACCACAACCAAUCCACCCUGCCCGUGAGCAGCACGGUGGAGAACAAGAUCCAGAUUAUGCCGAUCCUGCCGCCAGGAGCCACUGUGAUGGGUGGAACCCCAGGAGGAGCAGCCGCCGGUCAAGCGCCCACCUCGCAGCCAACGCAACUGGUGUUCCAGUCGACGGCGCCCACGAUCAAUACGGAAUCCACGGCCAUCAAGCUGUCCACCGACGGCAGGCAGAUGCAACUGGUGACCAUUCCCCAGGCCACACCACCACAGACACCGGCAGCCACCCCAGCCAGUGCCACACAGUCAUCGGGGGUGACCACAACUCCGACACUUACGGCCGGAGGUGCUACCAUCCUGCCGCCUCAACUGACGGGAAUGCCAGCCAACGUGUCGGUUUCCGUGGGAUCACCUGCCUCUGCGGCAGCGCUGGUUCCCCAGCUGACUGGGAGUCUCACCCUCACCGUCUCGGAGCAGUGCGAGCGCCUGAUCCUGCGGCACGAUCCUAACAAUCCGCAAGACCACCAGUCGCAGCUCAUCCUGCAGGCCCUGCUGAAGGGCGCUCUGCCCAACGUGACCAUCAUAAACGAGCCCACGCGCGUUGAUCCCAGCAAGCAGUCUACCACCAUACUCCAACCGCAGCAGCAGGUGAUCCAGAUCCCGCAGGCACAGCCUCAGGGGCAACUGCAGCAGCAGACCUUGUCCAAGGUUUCAUCAGCUCCCAAAAUAGAAGUUAAAGUCACAAACAAUAGGAAGCUGGCAACCCAGGGAACGCAUCCUAAUAGUAGCCUGCUCGGAGGAACGGGCACAACCACCACCACUACGACGAUGAAACCACCGGCCUCGCUGCCCGCCAAACAGAACGAGGUGCUGUCCUUCCCCACUCUGCCGCUCAACUCGCAAGUGGUUAUCCAGCAACAGCCAUUGGCCUCGGGCCAAGUGCAGUCCCAGUUGCAGCCAGUCACUGUGCCCGUCACUCUCCCCGCCCAGCCAGCCACCAUAUCGUUGCCGGUUCCAGUGCCAACUCCUGCCCCCGCACCGGCUCCCCAGCUGGCCAACAACGGUCAGCAAAGGUACAUUGCGCUGCCGCCCAUCGAUCCCAGCACCCAGCAGCUGUUCUGCCUGAACAGUGUCACCAACCAGAUCACGGCCAUGAGUGCGGGCCAGACGGCGGCUUCGAUUGGGCCCACGGAGCGGCUGCUCAUCGCCCCGGCGGGCAUAAACGCCCAGCAGCUGGCCCAGUGCCUGCAGUUGGGUCAGCUCCACUUCAACGACGUCAAUCCGCUUCCGGCCCAGCAGCAGCAACAGCAGCAAGUGGCUACCUCGUCGUCGUUAACGCUGUCGCUGCCACUGCGCCCCCAGCCGCCACAGCAGCAGAUUGUGCAUCCCAUCCAGCCGAUCAGCAAUGGACUGGCAGUCACAACAACAGCCAGUUCCACGCUGACCACCACCACCGGUGCCACCACCACGACCACCACAACGGUGACCAAGCAGGUGGCCAAUGUGGCGCCGAUUAUAGAUCAGAGCAAGGCCAAGCUGGAGCCGGCAAAGGCGGCCACCAGUGGAGCUGCUGGCGGGGGCGGAGCUGCAACGGGAGCGGUGGUGAAGAAGAAGCCUGUGAGGAAGCCCAAAGCCACGCCUACCAACGCCUCGGAGCUGGCUAGCCUGAAGAACGCCAGUGUGGUGAAGCCCAUGCCCAAGCUGGAUCCGCUGUCGCAGAAGCCGAACAACAAUCCUGUGCAGAUUGUGCAACCGAAUGUGGCGAGUGGCAAGCAGAUGAUUGUGGUGGGCAGCUCCAGCUGCAGCCAGACGACCACAACCACCACCACAACGAUGAGCACCACCAUCCAACCCUUUCAGACGACAAGUGGCACUAAGCUGGUGGGAGUUACAGCGCCGAUGCAGCAACAACAGCCAACGGUGAUACUGCAGCAGCAACAGCAGCAGCCCAGGACAAGCUUCACGGUGACCACGGCGACACCCACUCCCUCUCCCACAGCCGCUCCUGUGGUCAGUGGUCUACAGCUGCAGCAGGCAGGCCAGCCCCUGCAGCAGCAACAGUUGCAGGUGCAGCAGCAGCAGUUGCCAACUCCUAAGCAGCAGCAACCGCAACCGAACACGGUGUCGCGAGUGCAGACCAUUCAACUGACGCCUCAAAUGCAGCAGGUCUUCAAGCAGGUGCAGAUGCAGAUACAGUUCCUCACCAUUAAGUUGCAGAACAAGUCCAGUUUCCUGCCCGUCUCCCCGGAAAUCGAUGCGACAACCAUCGCCGCCUACAUCAAACCGAUGACCGAUGUGGAAAUCCAUCUGGCGCUGCAGCGGCUCUUUGCCGAGCAGCACAGGAUCCUGGCCUCCGGCAAGGAGGUGCCCACGCCGGAAGGUAUGCUGCCCACGGCGAAUGGCAAUGGCUUCACAUUGAUGCCACAGCCAGUGCAGCAGCAACAGUUGCAGGCGACCCUGCAGGUAGCCGAACCUUUAAAAACAACAGUGCCGGCCAAUGUGGUGCAGCCAAACAAUCACUCUUCCACCACUCCAGCGGCAGGAGCAGCUUCUGCUCCUGGAGCAGCUGCGGCCACCCAAAGAAUCCACAUCUACCCGAUGCAGCACCAGCAACAGCAGCAGCAGCAGGCGGGCAACAAGCAGCCGAAGCCAGUGCAGCAAAAAGUGCAGCAAGAGCAGCCGCCACAGCCAUCGCAACUGCAAAUUAAACCCAAAGAGCCAGCUAAUAGAAACAAAGCCAAUAAUCCACAGCAACCACUGAACCAGCAGCCCCAGCAGCAGCAACAAAAUCAAAAUGGGACCAUCAAUAUGUUGCCACAGAAGAGCAGCAUGUUGCCUGUGCCUCAACAGCAGCAACAGCCUCAACAGCAGCCGGGUGGUUUGAACAAAAGCGGUCCGCCGCCCUUGAUCUUUGCCAGCUCCACGAAUCUGUUGACCAACAACAACAAUGGCAGCAGCGCCAGCAGCACCAUCCACAACAGCAACUCGGUGAUGCAGGUGAACAAUAUGCUCUCCAUGCCGCCCCUGCAACCCCAGCAACAAUUGCAACAACAGCAGCAGCAGCAGCCACAACCGCCGCCACCAACACCAAUCCUGCCACCUGUGGCUCCUUCAUUGGGGGUGGGUGUUGGAUUAACGCCAGGAGCGAUUGGAUUGCCGUCAUUGCCGACGAUACCGAGUCUGCCACUGUACAUGCCGGGCAAGCUGGAUGACAUUCCCACGCAGAAACCAAAAAUUGCACGCCUCUCCUUAUUUGUACGCCAACUGGAGGUGGAUCAGGAGAGCUGCCUGAAGCCGGACUAUGUGAAGCCCUUCCGCACCAAAGAUGAGGCAGUGAAGCGGCUAAUCAGAUAUCAUUGCAUGCACGAAAAUGAUGUGGAGUUGCACUCUGACGAGGACGAGGAGUUCGAGGCCACUGCCCUGGAGUUCCAGGACAAGUUCCGACAGCUCAACGGAAAGUUCCAAGAGAUACUAAUGCAGGAAUCAACACUGCCACAUCGCACCUCUGAGCUGCUGCAGAUGCAACAGCUAAUGAUCGAUGAUCUCAAGGGCGAAAUCAACGAUUUUCGAACAGCCGAAAAGGAGCUGGAACAGCAACUGAAGUUGGAGCAGAACAGCGACGCUCCCGCCACGCAGGAAAGCGACUCCCAGUCCGAGGCUAAAGUUAAGGAGGAAAUCAAGGAGGAACCUGAGGGUGUGGUGGACCGGUUUGAUCUUCUGAAGAACAGUGCUGAUGUCAACAAGGCAUUCAGCAAACAGGCGCCACAGGAUCACAGCUCCGCUGUUAAGCAAGAGGAAAAGGGCGAAGGUGGCGAGCCGGCAGUCAACGGAUCUGUCGACGGCGAUGGUCAGGAGAAGGAGUCGUCGAAGUUCAUCAAGAAGGACUUUGAUAACUUUGACAUUGAAUCUGAGCUGACCACCAGCUUCAUAAUGAAGAAAGUGGAGCACAAGUCGGAGGCACCCAAGAAUGUUGAGAACUGCUACCAAGAACGGACUGUUAUGGAGCCACAGCAGCCGCAGCACCAGUCGCAGCAACAUAUCAAGGGCAACAACAUGGAGCAAGUGGACCAGGAAGACGGCUGGUACUGCCUGCAAAAGGAACUGAAUCUGAUGAACAAUGAACCCAUGCAGCAGCAACCGCAGCAGCCACAGAUGAAUGGCAACCAGCACCACAUGGCCAUCAACCGCCAACAGCAGCAGCAGCAGCAAUCGCACUAUAUGGACAACUCCAGCACUGGAAGCAUGAUGAAUAACAGCAACCACAUAGCGGAUCUGUUUCCAAACGGCUGCAUCGACAAGAGCAACCAGAGCACCAGCAGCAGCAAUAGCAGCUGCACCAGCGACAACCACGGGGUGAAGAACAACUCCUCGUGCAGCGGCCAGCGCGAACAGCCAGUGGUGAUGGACGCGGAGCAGCAGAACCAGCAUCCGGCAAUCAGCGAGUUCUUCAGCAGCGACUCGGAUGUGCAAAAGUCGGUGGAGAAUCGCUUGGAGGCCAUGUUUGGGGAGUCGCCCGUGCACUUGGAUGUGAAGAACAGCAGCGAUGCUCACGACAUCGAGUCGAAUCUGGACGAAAUCUUUGGGGACUCGAAAUCUCCAGCUGCGAACCACAAGACUAAGAUGAACAUGUGGGUGCCCGAUGCCUCGUUCAUGCAACAGCAGGCUGCGCCACAACAUCAGCAGCAAACGCAGUACUCUGGCUCGCAGCAGCAACAGCAUCACAUCGAGCUGAACUGCGACAACAAUCCGCGCUGGAUGCAGAGCAUGGAGGCGCACUAUAGCGACUUCAUGACCAGUGGCACUAGCAACGGCGAGCUUGUCAACGGGGACUCGCGCAAGCGGAGCUGGAUGGGCUCGGGCAGCGACCUGGAGGAUGACAACAGCAGCAAACGGUUGUGCACGGCGUCCUCGUCGUCCUCCUCCUCGCCAAUGUCCUCCCAGCAGCAGCAGCAACAGCAACAUGUGCAGGUUCCACUCUUAGAUGCUGACAUGCUGCCCACCGGCUUCCCGCAAAUGCUGAUGGAACAGCAGCAGCACCAGCAACAGCAGCAACACAACUUUGCCUACGGCAACAUGAUGGACCAGCAACAACAGCAGCACCCGCAGCAGCAGCACUACCAACACAAUAUGCAGCACCAGAUGCAACACCAACAGCAGCAGCAGAUGCAGGUCAGCCACAUGGGCGGAGCUGCUGGUGGAGAGUACGACGAUGAUAUCAGCAGGCAUGUGGCCAGCGCCAUCGACAGCAUCCUAAACCUGCAGAACAGCGGGGACUCCCUGCAGUUCUCUCUGGGAUCCAUCCUGGGUGACAGUAUCCUGGAGGAUCAGAGGCAGCCUGGUAACUUGGCCAGUUGCCAGCAGGAGCAGAUGGUGAACCAGAGACGCCGGCAGAUGGGCGACGAGAUGAACGACUGCCUGAUCAGCGGCGGUGGGUCGGGAGCAGGCAGCAGUAGCCUUCUGCUGGAGCACCACCACCAACAGCAGCAGCAGCAGCAACAGCACCAGAUGAUGCAGGGCCACCAGCAGCAGGCGCAGCACAUGCAGCACCACCACCACCAUCAGAACAUGCAGACAAUGUCCCAGUCCCAGGCGCAGCACCUGGGCCAGUUGAACGACUUUAGCUGCGGCUUGGAUGACCCAGUCAAGUCGAUCAUGACCUCCUGACUUGGAGUAGGAAUUCCGGCCAGCACGUCGGCGGCGGAUAACGCCUCCAACAGCUUGAUACUAGAGUUUAAUGCCACCACGUUGUGAAGAGCGGUGGACGAAUCGAGUUACGAAUCCCAAUUGUAUAGUGAACCGAGUUAGUUUCCCCGACUUAAAUAUUGUUUUAUCCCCAUUGAGUACAAUCCUUUAUUAGACCUUAGCAUAAAUUGUUUUACUUAUUGUUUGUAUUGUUUAGUCCAAUAUCGUGUAUGAUGUUUUAAACCACCUCCGGAUCACCCAAUUACUUAAUGCAAUGGAAGUUAGAGGCGAGAGUGAAUCGAAGCAACAAUAAUAGUGCGACAGAGUGCGACCCAAUGAGGCCAAGAAAGCAAUUGACGUGGUGAAUUGAAAACUAAACGACGAAUAGCAUCAAAUGCUUCUCACAGAGUUACACUAGAUCGAGAACCUAAGUAAUAAAUUACGUAGCUACAGUAACUAAGCGAACGGAAAUGGAACGCCCUAGACAAUUUAUUUAAAUACAAAAAGAGAAAUGAAACCAAGAAAUGUACGUAAGAGUGGUAGAAUCACGCGCAAAGGGUAGGGAAUACGAAUUGGUUGUAUAAUUCAUAGUUAAGUUACUUGAAGCAAUUCUGAGAAAACAAUUCAAAAAUCAUGUUGCCAAUUUUGUUGUCGAUGUCGAUGUCGAUGGAAUAUCAGAGACAGAGCAAUUAAGCCGCAUCCAAUCGAUUUAUACAAUUCCAGAUAAUAUAUCUAUAUAUAUAUAUAUUUAUUUAGGCACUAUGGUGCGGUAAAAAAGAUUGUAAAUAGUUAGAGCAUGCAUCAGUUUCAGUCACGCCACAGGAACUGUCCGAGGGGAUUAUUAUAUUAUAGCUAAGCAUUUUUAAACAGAGAGCUACAGAGCAUAGAGGGGGAGAUAUCAUUUAAAGCGCUUUACGUACGACUGCUUCUGAUUCUGAUAUUACAGACAAACCUAAAACCUAAAACCUAAAAACAUAAAAACCUAAAAUCCUAAACCUAUCGACGUGCUCAAUUCGAGAGUAAAGAAUUUUCGGCAUAGCUACGGGUGUCAUUGGAAAGAAUAUGCAAAGAUCUUAGGGAUUAACGAGUACCAACUAUGGCAAACUACGAAGCAAACCAAAAGCAGUUCAAAAAUCACAAUUUUAGCCAAUUUAGUUUAAACAUUUAUAAAUUAUUGAAUCUAAAUAUAAUAUCUUAUACACUUAAACCGGAUCGAUUGUAGCGAGAUGUAAGGACGAAGAGAGCAGGAGAAACCACAGGAAACAAACAAACAAAUAACAAAAAAAAACAAAUUAACGAAUCGUAUCAAUUGUAUCUUGAUCUUGCGACAAAUCUGACUUGUGAUUUGUGCCACGUUUUAAAUAUAGAUGUCUGACUAGCUUGUAAACCUACAUAAUAAAUACGAUUAAAAUCUAAAACAAAGCCCCCCCACUCAGUAAGUCCCUACGAUGAGGUCCCAUCGCAGGAUGCGGCAGGAUGUUUGGUGUUUGCAUACCAAUUACGAUACUAAUACUUUAAUACCACCACUAACAAACAAACAAACAAACAACAAAGAAACAAACAAACAAACACACACAACAAACUAAAAACACACACAAAAACCUACUACAAUACGUACUAUCAUGGACGGAUUGCUUGUAUUACGCGUAGUCAGUAAGGGAACUUCAAGAGGUACCAUAUUUUAAGAUGUGCUUCAGGCCACGCAUCCAUGACCCCCAACCAGAUACCUGAUCCCAUCCAGAUCCCAGUCCCUAUCAUCCCACCUGUCCAGCGUCCCGUAUGAGUAGCAUGAUCUUGGACCUUUGUUUGAAACUUUCUAGUUAUUAUUCAAAGACAAAUAACGCUCGUGUAAAAAUGUACAUGUAAUAGCAUAAUUUAAGUUGGCAAUCCAAAACUGAAUAAAUGUAAAUCCAUUAAUAGAUUA